AUGGAUCUCCCCCGCCUCAUAGCGGUCCCGCCAUCUGUGGUGCGCACAGCCAUCCCAAACGAAGAAUGGGAAGCCACCCUCGAUGCUUGGAUACUGUUAACGGAACUACGACUGCAUCUGUCCGCAAACCAUUUCGGAGAAUGUGCGCAUGCAGACCGAUUCAAUGCUCCCUUCCUGACAUCGUAUUUCGCAGCUCGUGACGAUACUCGGCUUCAUGGAUCGAAUAGCAGUACGACGAUAAAUAAGAAGCCAAAGCAUCUUCGAAGGAUCGUCUUUCUGCUUUUGAGAAGAUACUAUUUGGACGUGCAGUCGUUUCCUCUGGCAGACGAGUUAUUUAAUUGGCGGUUCCUCGGCGACUUUUGUGACACCUAUCACUCAAGCCCGGCUCUGAAACAAUUGUUAUUGGAAGUAUGGACACGAUACGAAAAUGAGAUAUCACCAAGUGUUGAAAAUGGCAAACUCGAAAUCAUGGAGGUUCUGUCAAAGACCAACAAAACAAAACAAGUGGACGCAGCUUCCGAAGUAGUCCUUGAUAUUCGACGACUAAGUCUUUUGUCUUCAGCGUUACCACAAGUUGGCUGCCUACUCAUGACAGGAUCCGACUAUCUCGAUACUUUGCAUGAUGCUUAUAGAAUAUCACUCUCUGCCACCAAUGAAGCUGACGGUAAGGCGUUGAGAAAUGCGUUCGUUGCAAAUCUCUAUGUCGGGUUGACUUCUCUGCUAAAACUACCCACCCCUAACCUGUCCUUAUUACUCGAUCAACUAUUCUCUCUCAAAGUCUCUGCGAAUGUCGAGACAACCUCCAAUAAGAAAGCCAAAUUGUCGCCAGAUCUAUUAUCCGAUUUGGUGUGUAGUACAGAUAUCCUCGUCCGGAUAGACCGAUACUUGAUAUCAGCACCACAAAAACGUGGCCAGGAUCUCGUCAGCUCAUUAAGGGAAUAUCAGCUACAGACAAAAGGAAUGUACAAUCAACACUACCAGCGACAUAAGAAGAGAAAGGAAAAAGGCAAAGCCAUGUCAAACACCGACCAAUACGAUAGUCUCCAUGUUCACAAAAUCUCCUUAAUAACACAGAUUCGUGACCUCUUUCCGGACCUUGGCGAGGGCUAUGUUGUCCGAUUGCUCGAUUACUAUGCAGAUAGCGUCGAGACUGUAGUCGCACAUCUGUUGGAAGGCUCACUCCCACCUGAACUAGACGCGCUCGACAGAACUGAACCUCUACCGGAUCACAACCUACAUAAUCAUGACGUGAUGGAGCCUCAUCAUACUCCGCCGCAACUUGGCUCACCUCAACCCGGAUUUGCGCGUAAUAUAGAUUUGGAGGAUGACGAAAUUAUACAAGCUGCACGGUCUGCGGCUGGUGGACAACAGAAGAAAUUGCUCUUCGGUCGAGCCAACAUUGAUUCUACGGCCGACACUAUCCUUGCUGAUCGAAGCCAGCAUGCUGCCAACAAAGCCGCAAUAUUGUCCGCAUUGGCGAAUUUCGAUUCUGACGACGAUGAGCGAGAUGAUACCUACGAUGUGGCUGAUGUUGGCGGUACCGUCGAUUCGGCAAUGGGGACAGGAACAUUAGAUGACGAGGGUGAGCAAGAAAGACGUAGCAGGUUAGGUGCAGCCGUCUCUGGAGAAGGCGAUAAAGACACUACGGACCUUGACCUGACGUUGUACCGGUUAUGGAAAUCAAAUCCUGCACAAUUUGCGCGUGACUCGGCCACUCGAAGAUCGCAACCGCGGACGGCACUAAAACGCGAAACUGGAAUGGCUGAUGAAGCUAUUGAAGGAUGGGCGGUCAUGCUUCAACGAGAUGUGAAAAAGCAAAAUCGCCUGGAUUCGAAAUUGGCACUCGAUGCUGGAAUUGGCGGUGCUGGCGGAGCAGCCUUGGCGAAUUUGAUGGUCCGGAGAGUGAUUCUGGGUCAUCAACUGGCGCUAGAGGAAGGGGAAGAGGGCGAGGUGGAUCCGGGAGGGGCGCACCGAACAGAGGACGGGGAGGGAAUCGUGGACGAGGCGCCAACCACCGUCGAAGAGACCAACAUGCUAAGAAAAUGGUGA